AUGUGGAUCGUUUCAUUUUGGGUGUUUCCGUUGAUAUCGGCAUGCAUGUGGGUUGCGAUGUUAAUUGCCAUGUUGGUCACUUGGGUUGUUCAGGGUGAACCGCACUAUGCUAGUAUGGAUCAGAGUAUUGCGUAUAUCUCCGACGUCGGUGCCCAAGGCCUAAAACCACUAUUCGUCGCCGGAAGUGUCGUCACAGUCGUCUUCUUGGAUCUGGCCUUCCUCUCUGAGCGCUGGUUGCGUCAUGCUGGUCAACUCGCUCCGAAUAAAGGCAAAUUCGACAAGGCGUGCGCUAUUGCCUCGCUUUUCUUCGCGGUUGCGGGUGCGGCGGGGUUGAUUCUUUUGUCUAUUUUCGACACGCUUCGUCAUCCGAAGCUUCAUGAUGGAUUUCUGGCUCUGUUCCUCGUCGGCUACAUUAUAAGCGCAAUCCUAAUCUGCGCCGAAUACCUCUGGAUCGGAAUCUUCUACCGCUCGCAACACCGCAUCCUACUAGCCAGUUUCAUCAUCAAACUAGCCUUCAUCAUCAUCGAAGUCGGUCUCGCAAUCGGAUUCGGCAUUUGCAUGAAUUCGAAAAGCAUCCAUAAGAAGAAUGUCGGCGCCAUCCUGGAAUGGGUUAUUGCGUUUGUCUUCACGGGUUAUGUGCUUUCUUUCGUGAUUGAUUUGUUGCCAUCUGUGAGGACGCGCAGACAUUUGCCUCAGGGUGAGAAGUAUCGUCAUGGUAGUGGCAGUGAGUCGGGAGGCGAGUCUGCGCCUGCGACGGCUUCUAUUGAGGAGCCCUUGACGACGGACUCGGUUGGUCCUCAUCCGAAUUUUUAUCGGGGGCAGAGGGUUUGA